AUGUUGAUUAUAUAUAUUUGUGAUUGUAUACUAUUAAGAAAAAAAAAACAAAAAAACUAUAAAACCAGUCAACAAAACAUUGUUGUCAUUCCACGAAAAAGGAAACAGAAACUCCCCGCCCUCUUUGUUUUUUUUUUUUGUUUUUCGUGUGUGUCGCGCCUUCCGUUUUGGGAACGGUCUAGACUUCCCUUUUUUUUUUUUUCCUUCUCCUCCUCGUUUCUUCUUUUUUUUUCCUUUUUUUUUCUCACGAAUCCGUCACUUUCCCGGUUUUCAACUGAUUUUUCACUCUAUAUGCCCCUCUUGUCAUGGCGUCUCUUUUGGCUGCCAGUUGUAGUUCUUCUUUCUUGGCUUCUUUUAACAACUCCUGUUCAAACCAUCACCAGCAUCAACCUCACUUGGACUUUCAAGUGUUGUAUAGCAGGUGUAACAGCGCUUUUCUUGCCGUCAACCCUCCCCACACCACUUUCUCAAUCCAUUUGGUGCUCAGAACAGAAUUAG